GCCGCCAUUUUAAGUCAUUGAGUUUCAAUGUACAACGCAUAGGACGGAGAACUGGAACCAAUUCAACCAAUUUCUCUUCUAAACUAUUAGUAGGGAAUUGCCUUUGACCUGAAGCUUUUCCUUAAAUCAUUCAUCAACUAGAUCCAAGUCAAGUUACGCAUAAUCCAGUAGAAUCCUGUCUCGAUUUUUAGCCUUUAAUGUAACUGUUAGCUAACGUUAGAGGAAAUGGCUGUGGAAAGCAUGACUGUCCAUCCAAACUCCCCAACAACAACCAACCACGAACACAACAGCCUCACUGACGAAAGACCUGAGGAGGGUGAGCUGGAGGAAGGGGAACUAGAGGAUGAUGGGGCAGAGCCAGAGUCUCCUCAGAAGGAAGGGUCUGAAUCAGUGGGUAAACUUCACCACAAUAAGGACCAUCAAGCCAGUGGUUCAGAUGAUGAGAAAAGUCAUCGCCGCAAAAGGAAGAGAAAGAAAGAACGGGAGCGUGAUAAAGAGAAAAGAAGGGCAAAGAAAAGGCGCAAGUCAUCUAAACACAAACGGCAUGCUUCCUCUAGUGAUGACCGCUCUGACUACAGUGAAGACUCAGACUACAGUACUAAUGAGAAGAGGAAGUACAGAGAGUAUAGCCCCCAGUACACUGCCUCUUCUCAUGGAGGUUACACCUCUGCCCCUACCUCUGGCCAUGGUGUUUCUAUGCCUAAAAAGGGCACUUACAUGAAGAUGGAGAAGCAGGGCUAUGGAGACUAUGAUGAAUAUGAAGAAGAAAACUAUGAGGGUGAGGAGGAUGAAGAAAUGGUUGAUGAUGAAUACGAUGACUUUACCAAGGAGCUCAACCAGUACCGCAAGGCUAAAGAGGGGGGCAGCACGCCGUGCAUAGGAGGCAUGGGCCCCCGUGGGGGCAGAGGGGGGAAAGGCAGGCUCAAAAACCAGAGAGGUCGUGGUCGGGGAGGGAUGCGGGGCCGUGGAGGGCGAGGAGGUGGAGGAGGUGGAGGGAGCAGAGGAAGAGGACGUGGAAAGAUGGGUGCAGACAACGAUGAUGAAGGCACAUAUGGAGACGAUUUGGAGUUUGGAGAUGAGGACUUUGAUAACAUGGGGGAUGACGAUUUUGAAGAAUACUCUAAAGACCUGAACCAGUAUAGAAAGACUAAAGACCGUGGACGUGGUGGGAAAGGGGGGCGAGGCCGUGGCAGAAGUAAAGGAGGACGUGGCAUGAACCGUGGCAGAGGAAGAAAUCGAGGAAGAGGCCGUGGGGGUGAUCAAGCAAACGAUGAAGAAAACAUUGGAGAUGUGGACAUGGGAGUAAGAAAAAACACUGCCGAUAGUGGCGGAGGACCCCGUCGUGCUGACCAAGAGAAGCAUGGCCAGGAGAAGAAGGGCAAAGCAAUUUGCAAAUACUAUAUAGAGGGCCGCUGCACAUGGGGUGAGCACUGCAACUUCAGCCACGACAUUGAACUACCCAAGAGGAAAGAGCUCUGCAAGUUUUACAUCACGGGUUUCUGCGCCAGGGCAGAGAACUGCCCGUAUAUGCAUGGUGACUUUCCUUGCAAGCUGUUUCAUACCACUGGAAAUUGUGUGAAUGGAGAUGAAUGUAUGUUCUCUCACAAGCCCUUGACAGAGGACACUCAAGAGUUAUUAGACAAGAUGCUGGCAGAAGAUGCGGAGGCUGGUGCUGAGGAUGAAAAAGAGGUGGAGGAGCUGAAGAAGCAGGGUAUUAACCCUUUACCCAAACCCCCACCAGGGGUGGGCCUUCUCCCAACGCCACCUAGGCCAGUCACUGACUGCGCUGGCCCUGUGGAGUUUGGCUUGUCUGUACCGCCUACCAAUAUGCCCCAUAAUGGACCUCAAGGACCUCUUCUGGGCCCUGGAGCUGGGCCCUGCCCAGGACCCCCACCCCCUUGUCCAGACAGUAACCCAUUUCAAGGGCCACCAAAUCCUGGCCCCCCUCCCCAGCCACCCUUGGGCCCGCCACCACCUUGUCAAGGAGCUGCUGGGAAAAAAAUUCCAUCCUUAUUUGAGAUUGUUGUACAGCCCACAGGACAGCUGGCUCACAAACUUGGAGUCAGGGGUCAAGGCCCUGGUGCAGCUGUUCCCUCUGGCCCCUCAGGAGCACCACAGGGAGGGCCACCACCUCGCUUCUCAGGCCCUCCACCACCACCUGGACAUAUAGGGCCAAAUCCAAGUGGAAUGAUCCCACUUGGGCCCGUGGACAUGCCUUCAGGAGGUAAUCCCAACCAAGGAGGGCCACCUUUGAUGCCCACCUUUGGGCCUGGGGAGGGCUCACCCCACCAGGGCAUGACUCAUCAAAUAUCUGCACCAACUGGAGCCAAUUUUUAUGACGGCUUCUUUCAUCAACAACAAGGAAUGGAAGGAGGAGACAAUGGUAAUGAAUACCAGGGCUUUGGAACAAUUGAAGAAUGUCCUGGAGAAGGAAGUUUAAAUCAAGCCUCUAGGACCCACAGCACCACUGGCAGUGGAGACUGUUCCUCCUCCAAUGGAGCUGCAGAGGGCCACACACCCAGCCUGACAGUGCCAGACUUCCUUCCGCCAGCACAACGUGUGUUGUUCAUGAGGAUCCAUCAGAAGCAACAGGAGGAUGAGGAAAAAGCCAGGAGGUUGGCAGAAGUUGGAGCUCAGAAAGACACAGAAGGUGACUCUGCAAAUUGGUACUCCAGUGAAGAUGAGGAUGGAGGCAGCAGCGUUUCCUCCAUCAUCAAAACAUUACGACAACAGAGUCAGAGCUCCAGCAAACCUGAGCUCCAGCAAGCCUGUGACCCACGGCUGUCCAAAGCAGCUCGUCCAGCGGACCCACGGCUAGGCCGUGACCCACGCCUGUCCAGAAGUACCGAGCCAGUGCAGGCCUCUGAGCCCAGCCCCAGUGCCUUGCUCUCGUCCUCCUCCUCCUCCUCUGACCCUCGCCUGGCUCGCAAUACUGCACAUGCGCUCAAAGCUGAUGCUGUGCUUGUGUACAAGCCCCCUGUCCCUGCCACAGCACCGGCGGAGGAGGAGGAGGGGGAGAGGAUUCUGCGGGACAAACCUGUCCCUAUCCCUCUUGACCCUCUGAUGGGCAUGGCCCUGCGGGACCCACGUUCUCAGCUGCAGCAGUUCAGCCACAUCAAGAAAGACUUAAGCUUUCAUGUCCCUCAUUUUUCCAAGACUGUGUUGUGGAACCCUGAAGACCUCAUUCCUGUGCCCAUCCCCAAGCAGGAUUUUCUUCCGCUUCCUCCUGGCAUCCCUCCUGUGGCGUCCCAGGACCCCCGACUCUCACGUGUCCAGCAGCAGGUUCACACGGCUCCACCCGCUCCUCCUGCUCCCGUAGAGCACGGCCAGUCUUCCUCAUCCUCCCUUCCAGACUUUGAGUUGCUGUCUCGCAUUCUCAAGACUGUUAACUCUUCUCCUAGUCCUUCUCAGAAUAGCCCUACUGGCGUGGUCUCCACUGCUCCAUCAGUGCCGCCGUCUGCUCACCCCGUUCAACCUGAAAAGCCAGUGGACCCCCGCAUGGCCCGCAAGGUCACGGCAGAUCCCCGGCUGCAGCAUCAGAAAUCUGCCUUGAAACCUCCUUCAGAGUCGACUGCACCUCAGCCCGCUCAGUCUGCCAGCCCCAGCCGCCCCCCCACCCCCUCAGCCCCCACUACUGCCCCGUAUGAUCCACGGCUCCUGUCAGCAGGUGGGGUGGGCAGAGCGGGUGCAGGAGUCACUGGCACCAGCAGCAAUGUGCUAAGCAGUAUCAGUUUAUACGACCCCAGAACUGCGGAAAGUUCAGAGAGUUCAGGGCAGACGACGAACUCUGCUUCCUCAGCUGAACCCAAAGCCAGCACUGCUGAUGUAGUAGUCAAGGCCAAGCCCAAAGAGCCACUGUUUGUGCGCAAGUCCCCCCUGGAUGCCCCUGACACUGAGCGGGGCCCUAACGAGCCACCCACUGACCGCUACAACAGCUACAACCGUCCACGACCCAAGCCCUCACCCUCCCCUGGGACCCCAGGAGGCUCCACUGCUACAACGACUGGGCUUGAGCAGCAGCUGCCUGGAGUCCAUAACUUACCCGUUUCCUCGUCUCUCUUCCACAUGGUAAAGCAGGUCAGCAAACCUGGCUCAGGCAGUCCCUUCGGUGGCAACAGCCCAGCACAACUAGACACCUCAGAGCAGGACGCUGCUUCUCUCAAAGAUGUAUUCAAAGGCUUUGACCCCACAGCGUCCCCUUUUUGCCAGUGACACCUGACCAGUGCUGUCAUUUGGGUUUAAAACAGUACUCUGGUAUGAAUUCUCAGUUUGCUGACAUUGAUGGAGAGACGGGGACACAACCCUCCUUGUCAAACUUGGAGUUUAGAUAUUCUGUUUUUGGAUGCUGAAAAGUGGCAAAGUUAGCAUUUAAAAACAUUAAAAAAAUCAGGUUCAAAUAGAUUUAUUUUAUUGGAGCCAUGCUCUAAACAUUCAACACCAGCAGAGAACCAGGGUAACCUUUAAUCUAAACCUUCCUAGCAUAUGAGACGUCUCUCAUCUGUUUUGAAUGUUACCCCAAGCCUUCUUGAUCUUCUGUAAAUGUCCCUGCCCCUUUACAUCAAGGCCUUUCCGACUGCUUACUUUCUCGUGACCAUUUUGUUUAACAAAUUCAGCCAUCAAUUUGAGUCUCACUGUCCACAUUGGAGCAGCAAGAUAUAACAAUAACAAAAUUGUACACUGCCACUUCAUCCAACUAUGACAAUAAAUAGGACUAUAAUAAUACAUGCUGGUCUAUAUUCUCUGUAAAUCGACAGCCCAGAUGUCCUCCCUGUGUUGCCUUGAGCAACUUCUCAGCUUUAAAGUGUUUUAACCUCUCUGUACCUGCACUGUAUUAACUCUAAGCCUAGUUGUUGUUAUUUGUGGAUUUGUCAGUGUGUUGUUUGGGGUCCCGUGCCCAGAAGGGGCCUAUCCUGUAACUCAAGUUUCGACUCCUGUUUGCCACUCUGAAAAUCUGUUGUAGAGCUGCUGUGUUUGUCAUUCACAUGUGAAAUAUGAUCAUUUUAAUUUAUAUUUUUUAUACUUACACAUGUGCUUAUUUCUUUUGAGACAUCACCAACAAAGCAAUUUUAUGGAAAGUGUACAGAUAUGUUUCCCGAACUGCAUUUGGAAGGGCAUUGAUGGAAUGCACUGGUUGUGCAUCAUCAAGACAACAGGAAAAAAAUCGACUGUAUGAUAUUUUCAUUUGUUUUAAAGAGGAAACAACCCUACUCAUUCUCUGCUUGAAUAGUCGGGUGCAUGACUGUUCAAGAUCAUCAGAGCUUUUGGUUUCUGUAAGUCUGCCCUUUGGAGAAGGACUUUUGUAUAUUAAAUAGUGUCCAUAUUUGAGAAGAGGCUACAUUUUGUAAUUGUUCACUGUAGAUAAAGUGAAGUAUUUAAUAAAGGCAAUACAAUAUGCACAGUAAUGUACAUUAAUAAAGGCCUAGAGGGUA